AUGGAAGAACCAACCUACGACCCGAGCCGUCCCCUUGGCAAGACCACCCUCGUCUACCAAUACAAAUUAGUCAACUGCCCAGGCAAGACGAUCGUGGGCCUUCUCGUCGAAUAUCCCCCCAACGGCGCCACGCCGCCUCAUCGUCACGGAGGCGCCUCUGUCUCAGCCUACGUGAUCACGGGUUCCGUGCUGAACAAGAUGAACAACGACCCGAUGCGGGUGAUCGACAAGGGCCAGUCUUGGUAUGAGGCGCCCGGAUGCCAUCAUCGGAUUAGUGCGAAUGCGAGCAAGACGGAGCCCGCGGCGUUUUUUGUUAAUUUUGUGCUUGAUACGGAGACGCUGGAGAGGGAGGGACCGGCGGUCUUGGUGCAGUAUGACGAGGAGUAUAAGGAGAUUGUGGCGAAGAAGAUGAAGGAGGAGGCUUGA